UAGAGAGACGCAACACAGAUCUUGCGCUGAUCGCGCUCGUGAAACAAACAAACAAACCAAAAAAAAAAAAAAAAAAAAAAAAAGAAGAAAAAAAAGAAAAAACGGACUUAGUGGGGGACACGGCUCUGCUUCACUUUUUGGGGACAGUACCACCAUGGAUGCCUUGCGAGCAGUCGCCUUUUCCACGCUCUUCAUUUUCCUGUGGAGUUUACCGUGUUGCCAGUCAGCUGCGCUUAAAUCAUCCAGAAGGAGCAAGGGUGCACGGAGCGCAUAUGAUGGACAAAGGUCACCCAAAAUUCUUAAAGAGAUUUUCACAUCCUCCCCGGUUGCGAGUCGUCGGGAUGAUUAUUUAAAGGACCCGGUUGUGCCCCACGAUUACAUGAUAUCUAUAUACAGGACUUAUUCCGCCGCUGAAAAACUUGGGCUCAAUGCAAGUUUUUUCCGCUCUUCAAAGUCUGCAAACACCAUAACGAGUUUUGUAGACAGGGGAAAAGACGAUCUCAUGCUUUCUCCUUUGCGAAGACAAACGUAUCUGUUUGAUGUCUCAACUCUCUCCGACAAAGAGGAGCUGGUCGGCGCUGAGUUAAGGAUUUUCCGAAAAGCGCCUGGGGAUUUCCUACCGUUGCCGUCAGGCGUCUACCACCUUCAUUUGCUCUCAUGUCGAUCAGAGAGGCCACUGGGCUCCAGGUCCCUUGAUCUCCAGGAUUCUCGAAAACAAGAAUGGGAGGUUCUGGACGUAUGGGGGAUUUUUAAAAACAGGAAUCUUCACGCAGCCCAGGGGAAUCAGCUUUGUCUCCAGCUCAAGGUGACGUAUGGCAAAUCUGACACGGAAAUCGACCUUAAGCAACUGGGUUUCCACAGACACGGUCGAACGAUGCAGGAAAAGGCGAUAUUGGUGGUUUACACACGGUCUAGGAAGAGGGAGAACUUGUUCAAUGAGAUGAAAGAGCAGAUCAAGUCUCGGGGAGAGCAGCAGCAGGAGGAGGAGGAGGAGGAGGAGAGCGGCCUGCAGUUUAAAGCGCGGCGCAGACGGAGAACUGCGCUAAAUACCAGUCGUCACGGGAAAAGACAUGGCAAAAAGUCCAAAUCGAGAUGCAGCAAAAAGGCGUUGCAUGUCAAUUUCAAAGAGCUGGGCUGGGACGACUGGAUCAUCGCGCCCCUGGAUUACGAAGCCUAUCACUGCGAGGGCGUGUGCGAUUUCCCGUUGAGGUCGCACCUGGAGCCGACCAACCAUGCCAUCAUUCAAACGCUCAUGAACUCCAUGGACCCGAACAGCACACCGCCGAGCUGUUGCGUUCCCACAAAACUCAGCCCCAUCAGUAUACUGUAUAUAGACUCGGGUAACAAUGUCGUGUACAAACAGUACGAGGACAUGGUGGUCGAACAGUGUGGAUGUAGGUAGCGAAUCACACAAACAAGACUUUGGCACAAAGGCAAGAAAAAUUUGACGUGAGGCUAAAUGAACCUGACCAGAAAGAAGCAAAACAAAAAGACGCGUUUUGCCGCAUUCUUACCUAUGCAAAAGGGAUUGUCCAUUCUUCCAGACAUUUCUGACUAUUUAAAUGAUCUCCAAAUUAUCAACUACAAAUAGGCCACCAUUCAUGUUUGUUGCAACUGGGCAUGCAUUGUUUCUCUAAUAAUUGGGAGGGAAAAUAAUAAUAUUUCGUUACACAAAAAAAUACAAAAAAUAAAAUAAAUGAUGAUAAUAAUAAUUAAUAAAAAAAAAAAAAAAAAACUCGUCUGUUAGACAGGUAGCCUAUUUAAAAAAAGGCCAGAUUUAGUGCGCAACCGCACGGAUAGGAUUCACGGAGGAUAAUGUUACACCAUUAUCAGCGUGGACUCAGAAGAAUGGGGAGACGGGCACCUGUUCAAACGGGAAAUGUUCUCAGUCACUCUGUUAUAAGGUCUAGUUAUACUGAAUGUUUAAUGGAUAAUGAUAUAUGGGUAAGACGCCGUGUCGCUCUCCUCCACCUUUAACAAUGCCCUGGAAACGCUUUAUUACGACCACCGGAUGCGUUAUCAAAUCAUAUUCUGCUUUUUGGGCAAAGGUGAAUGUACCAAACACGAUGAAAAGCAAUUUCUGCUUCUUCCGUUUGACUGCACGUGAGCGAAUCUUGUGGCGCGCGCUUACUAGGGAGAGAAAAAUAAUUGAUUGUUGCUUUAAAGGUAAAUGAGGAGCAUCGGACAGUGUUCUUGAGUAAACUGCCUGGACAUUUGACCACUGGUCACGAAGCCUGCAUAAAUCCACAAAAAUGUCAUUUUGUACUUUCAGGGUGGAAUUGACAAGCAAAGACACUCACCUGAGAUGACAAAAAUGGAAAUCCAUCAACGUUUGCAUCUUUACAAAAUGCACUUCCACAACAGCGAACUGUCUUAAGGAGCGAGGAAGGAGCGUUUUUUUGCCCCGACCUAUUGACUGACUAGGAAAAGAGAGAGAGAGAGAGAGACUCACAAGCGAGAUUACUAUAUUUAAAUGCACAUUAGCUUUGAAUGCACUGUUGUUCAUUAUUUGAGCUGUAAAUAUUUUGUAAGUAAAACCUAAAGUGCAACGUAUGAAGAAAUGAAACAAACACAUUUCUUUGUUAAUGUACAUUCAAAAUGCACUCAAAUCGCUAUAAUUUCUAUUCUAUAAUUAUUUUAUUAUUUGUGAUGUACAGAGUUCCAUGAUAAUCGUGUAUUUCUUACGCUGAUGAAACAAAAAUUAAUUUAAAAUGUAUUCGUUAUUGCUGAGGGUGGAAAUACCAUUAUCGAUGUCUACCUCAUAAUUGCAUAGAAUCUGUUCUGAGGUGCAUUCAA